AUGCUCAGUGGCACAAACUCUUGACAGUUCCUGAAGACUCGAAUUCUGUCUAAGAAGCCACUCUCUUCUCAGAGAACAGAAAUGAAUGGACAAGCGUCCCGCAACGCGGGGAGUCUCCAGCAGGGGGCAGUAAAAGUAGGACUCUUCCUUUAUGUGAACCUUUAUGUGAACGCGAAACAGGAAAUAAGGACUCCACGCGGCUUCCGUAUUACAGACCAGUACGCGUCCUGGACUACGGGCGUCGAAGAGUCAUGUGAUUUAGCCAUUUCCGGACGUCUCCCCAGUUUUUCCUGAGCUCUGUUUCCUGCGCCUUUGUAGGGAAGCGUGUACCAGUGCUCAGCGCGUUUCGAGGCCAUUGGAGGCCUGGCCUGGGGCUGCUCUGAUCUGAGAGCAGCCGCAGGAGCAUGGAGGGCUCCUCGGAGAAGGCGCCCGCGGCGGCGCUGGCCGCUGUGCUGAAGCACAGCUCGGCGCUGCCGUCCGAGAGCGCCCAGGUCCGGGGCUACGACUUCAACCGUGGCGUGGACUACCGCGCGCUGCUGGAGGCCUUCGGCACCACUGGUUUCCAGGCCACCAACUUCGGGCGCGCGGUACAGCAAGUCAACGCCAUGAUAGAGAAGAAGUUGGAGCCCCUGUCUCAGGAUGAAGACCAGCACGCAGACCUGACCCAGAGCCGCCGCCCACUCACCGGCUGUACCAUUUUCCUAGGCUACACAUCCAACCUCAUCAGUUCAGGCAUCCGUGAGAGCAUCCGUUACCUCGUUCAGCACAACAUGGUGGAUGUUUUGGUGACUACGGCUGGGGGCGUGGAGGAAGAUCUCAUCAAGUGCCUGGCGCCCACAUACCUGGGCGAGUUUAGCCUCAGGGGGAAGGAGCUACGUGAAAACGGGAUAAACAGGAUCGGGAACCUGCUGGUGCCCAAUGACAAUUAUUGCAAGUUCGAGGACUGGCUGAUGCCCAUUCUGGAUCAGAUGGUGCUGGAGCAGAACACAGAGGGUGUGAAGUGGACACCGUCCAAGAUGAUCGCCCGGCUAGGCAAGGAGAUCAACAACCCAGAUUCGGUGUAUUACUGGGCCCAGAAGAACCACAUCCCUGUGUUGAGCCCUGCGCUCACAGAUGGCUCGCUGGGUGACAUGAUCUUCUUCCAUUCCUACAAGAACCCGGGCCUGGUCUUGGACAUUGUGGAGGACCUGAAGCUCAUCAACACCCAGGCCAUCUUUGCCAAGCGCUCUGGCAUGAUCAUCCUGGGCGGGGGUGUGGUCAAGCACCACAUCGCCAAUGCCAACCUCAUGCGGAACGGGGCCGACUAUGCUGUUUACAUCAACACAGCCCAGGAGUUUGACGGCUCGGACUCUGGUGCCCGGCCAGACGAAGCUGUCUCUUGGGGCAAAAUUCGGGUGGAUGCACAGCCUGUCAAGGUCUAUGCUGAUGCCUCCCUGGUCUUCCCCCUGCUUGUGGCUGAAACCUUUGCCCAGAAGGUAGCUGCCUUCAUGCCUGAGAAGAAUGAGGACUGAACAACUGCGGCCCCAGGGAGGUCUCCCCCGUCUAUUUAUUAGUUUGCAGACCCAAGCCCUCUCCAGCUCCUUGGUCAGUAGCACAUCUACAGUAAACGGUCUCAGCGGUC